UCAGGCAGUGUGCACUUUGGCUUGCCACUCACUUUUCUUUGCUCUUUCACACACAGAGCUGCUAAAGAUUAGUUUCAGAUAUGGUUGUAUGUGUGCACGCUUCACACGUGAGGGGAUUCCUGGAUUUAUUUAAAUUGAAGUUUCUCAUUUAUGCUCUCGUCCACAGAGCAGAGGUCACAAUCCCAGUAAUUUCAUUGUCUACUUCAGCCUGAGAGCAUUAUUUUGGUGUCAGUGUCAUUUGUCCUCCACCAGAUGGCUAAGGCUUUCCGGAAAUUCCUGCCCAUGUUUGACCGAGUACUGUUGGAGCGCUUACCAACAGAUUACAAAUUCCUUUGGCUCACAGUUCAAACCCAAUGCCAAUGCAGAAUGCUCCAGGCCACUGUGGUAGCUUUGGGACCUGGUGCCACUGACAUGACUGGAGCUGUAACGCCUGUCAGUGUGAAAGUUGGAGAGAAGGUUCUACUACCAGAAAAAGGAGGCACGAAAGUGGUUCUUGAUGAUAAGGACUAUUUCUUGUUUCGGGAUGCAGAAAUUCUAGGAAAAUAUGUUGAGUAAUUCCUGUUAGUGUCUGUUUAAACCACGUUUAUCAUCCCCGAGGAGUGGUUGUGUCUACUAUUUACUUAUUUUGGUUUCUUUUCUAUGUUGUCAAUUGUAAAUAAUUAUGAUCAUACCUUGUUAUAUUAAUAAAGUGAAUUUGAGGAAA